AUUGUGGGGCGCACUUUCAGAGCGCGCUUGCACACGCACACAAACACCCCGAGUCCGAUCCCCCAGAGGCGUCCCGGAGGAGUUAGGAGACGUUAAGAAGUGCCCGCCGGCUUCCCUCAGAGAGGCGCGCCGCCCCGGAAGUGUCAACUUCUUAUCUAAGAACUGGAAAGACUGACCAGUUUGAACAUGGAAAACCAAGAACCAGUGGAUUCUUCUGGAAAAAACAAACAGUUUACUAUUUCAGAGGAGUUAAUUGCAGAAGGAAAAUGGAUCAAGUUUGAAAAAACAACUUACAUGGAUCCUACUGGUAAAACGAGAACUUGGGAAACUGUGAAACGAACAACCAAGAAAGGACAGUCAGCUGAUGGUGUGGUGAUUAUCCCAGUACUGCAAAGAACUCUUCACUAUGAAUGUGUCAUUCUGGUGAAACAGUUCCGUCCACCCAUGGGCAGCUACUGCCUGGAAUUCCCUGCAGGUCUCAUAGAUGAUAACGAAAGCCCCGAAGCAGCUGCUCUGCGGGAGCUGGAAGAAGAAACUGGCUAUAAAGGUGAUGUUGCUGAAUGUUCUCCAGCUGUAUGUAUGGAUCCAGGUUUGUCAAACUGUACCACACACAUCGUGACAGUAACUAUUAAUGGAGAUGAGGCUGAAAAUGUAAGACCCAAGCCAAAUCCAGGAGAUGGAGGUAUGUUAUUCAACUCGCAGUGGCUGACAAUGUAUAUGGCUUAAUGUAGUGGUAAUGGCUACAGGCAUUUGUGUUGUUCUGCACUGGUAACUGAAGAACAUCUGACAGUGGAUGCUAGGGUCUAUUCCUAUGCUCUGGCGCUGAAACAUGCAAAUACAAAGCCAUUUGAAGUGCCCUUCCUGAAAUUUUGAAGCCUGAGGAGAGUAGCCAUGUUUUUGUUUUAUAAAUAAGGCCAUAAGGUCUCCUUCACUAAGACUUUGUAUUCAGCUAAAUUUAAUGGAAAUUUGAAAUUACCUUUUUAAUAAAAUAAAAAAUAUGCUUGUGGUGGUAUGGAAUUAUAAUUAUAGGUAAGCUAUAGUCUUCAUUUAAAUGCUAAAUGCAAAUAUGUUUAAUCCAUUUUCUUUAACUUAAGCUGUUAUCUAACCUAAUCCAAGAAAUUUAUUAGGUAUUCCUAAUAAACUCAAGGGGUUAGAAGAGACCUGAAUUCUAUAUUAGGUCAACAUUUUACCUCUUGCAAUAGGCAUCUCAGGAUAGAUUUUGUAUGAAUACAAUGAAUUUACACGAAGCACUUAAUUUCAGAUUUUUUUUUAUUUUUCCAACACAACUGAAACAGUUGUAUUAAAUAAAAGUUUAUUGUCUACUGUUUACACUCAUGUUGCUGCUACAAAGUACAACAACGUACACAGAUUCCUAGCAUGAAUUACUCAUUGUUCACCCCCACUGAACUACAGACACUGCUUGAGAAUUACGUCUCUAGGGAUUAAAAAAAAGAAAAACACAACUGGGGCAUAGUAUCUUGAAAGAUCUUUCUCAAGUGACUUGGGAUCCAAAGGCAUAGCCAAUACAG